GGGGCGGGCGCGCCUCUGCAUCCCCAUCCUCGGCGCAGCUCGGCACAGAGCGAGCGGCGACUGGCCGGAGCGGGAGGGCGCAGCGCCGAGGCCCGGCCAUGGCCACCACCAGCACCACGGGCUCCACCCUGUUGCAGCCCCUCAGCAACGCCGUGCAGCUGCCCAUUGAUCAGGUCAACUUUGUAGUGUGCCAACUCUUUGCCUUGUUAGCAGCCGUUUGGUUUCGAACGUAUCUACAUUCAAGCAAAACUAGUUCUUUUAUCAGACACGUAGUUGCUACCCUUUUGGGCCUUUAUCUUGCAUUUUUUUGCUUUGGAUGGUAUGCCUUACACUUUCUCGUACAAAGUGGGAUUUCCUACUGCAUCGUGAUCGUAGCGGGAGUGGAGAACAUGCACCAAUGUUGUUUUGUGUUUGCUUUGGGAUACCUCUCAGUGUGUCAGAUUACUAGAGUCUAUAUCUUUGAUUAUGGACAAUAUUCUGCUGAUUUUUCAGGCCCAAUGAUGAUCAUUACGCAGAAGAUCACUAGUUUGGCUUACGAAAUUCACGACGGGAUGUUUCGAAAGGAUGAAGAGCUGACUCCAUCACAAAGGGGAUUGGCUGUGAGGCGCAUGCCAAGCCUCCUGGAGUAUGUGAGUUAUACCUGCAACUUCAUGGGAAUCCUGGCAGGCCCGCUCUGCUCUUACAAAGACUACAUUGCUUUCAUUGAAGGCAGGCCAUCCCACCUGGCACCGUCAGGUGAGAGUGGAAAGGAAGAGCAGCAGCAUGAAAGAGCAGAUCCAUCUCCAAACGCAGCAGUUACGGAGAAGCUCCUCGUCUGUGGACUCUCCUUAUUGUUUCACUUGACCAUCUCCAACAUGCUACCUGUGGAGUACAACAUUGAUGAGCAUUUCCAAGCCACUGCAUCAUGGCCGGCCAAAGCCACCUAUCUGUAUGUGUCUCUUCUGGCCGCCAGACCGAAGUACUAUUUCGCAUGGACCUUAGCUGAUGCCAUUAACAAUGCUGCAGGCUUUGGUUUCAGAGGAUAUGACAAGAAUGGAGUGGCCCGUUGGGACUUAAUUUCCAAUUUGAGAAUUCAGCAAAUAGAGAUGUCAACAAGUUUUAAGAUGUUUCUCGAUAACUGGAAUAUCCAGACAGCUCUUUGGCUCAAAAGGGUGUGUUACGAACGAGCGACCUUCAGUCCAACAAUCCAGACAUUCUUUCUCUCUGCCAUUUGGCACGGGGUCUACCCAGGAUACUAUCUGACGUUUCUAACGGGAGUGCUAAUGACGUUAGCAGCUCGGGCUGUCAGAAGUAACUUUAGACAUUAUUUCAUUGAACCCCCUCGACUUAAGUUAUGUUAUGACAUCAUAACGUGGGUGGCAACCCAACUAACAAUAAGUUACACAGUUGUGCCAUUUGUGCUUCUUUCUAUAAAACCAUCAUUCAAGUUUUACAGCUCCUGGUACUACUGCCUUCACAUCUGCAGUAUCUUAGUGUUGCUGUUGCUGCCAGCGAAGAAAUCUCAGAAAAGAGCAAGCACACAGGAAAAUGUUCAGCUCUCACGGGCCAAAAAGUUUGACGAAAGAGAAAAUUCUCUGGGACAGAACAGUUUUUCCACGACAAAUAAUGUUUGCAAUCAGAACCAAGACAUUGACUCUAGACACUCGUCACUAACACAGUGACUGGGAGAGCACGUUUUGGCUGUUUCCUGUCUGUGAACAGAAACCAGUCUUCAUGCCUUUCCAGAGCCUCUUCUUUAAGGAAAAGAGACUAACUAGGUGGAAAUGGGACAGUCUCAGAUAGGGGAUUUCCUGUACACCAGAUUGGAAAUGGAAUGAAAUAACCCCUCCCAUGCCAUGUUCCUGUGGGUCACGCCUUACACAAAAUCUUUCCAUAUUUCAACAUGGCCUCGGCAUAUGCCCACAUGGUCAUAUGUGUGCCCAGUUGCUGAAUGUACACUGUGUAUCCCAAGGCACUGAAGAAGUGGAAAAAAUAAUCAUGUCAAUCUGGAUGAUUGAAAGGUUAACUUUUUCCAAAUGAAUGUCUUGCCUUAAACCUUCUGUUUCCUAAAAUGUUGUUCCUGGAUGGUAUUUUCAAGUGUAAUAUCGUGAGGAGACAGUUUCAAUAUUUGAUAUGGUGUGCUGUAGAGGGGGACUGAGGAGGAGCUUAAAACUGGCUAUUUAAGAUUGUGGGUACUUUUAAAAUGCAAUAAACAUCUCAGUAUUUGAAGGGCCUCUUAAGGUAUCUCAGAGGGCUGUGCACAUGGUGUAAACAGUUAGGACUAAAUUAUAGGUAGCUUAUUUUGCUGGGAGCUUAAUUACCUGGUGUCAGUCAGGCGGGGGGGCCCUUCCAGGAGGACUUUCUUAAACAUAAUUAAAGGUUGGCAAUGUGAUAUUUUAGGCUUAUUUUCUUAAGAAAAAAAUAAUAAGAGGGAAGAUGAGGUAAGCAGGCCAGUGUAAAGUAUGUGUGGCCUGGAGCCAGAGUCAGAGGGCUUUCCCUUCCACGUCCAAGAUUAAUGUGACUGUGUGGAACACAAAAGUUGAUAGUACUGGGGAGGUUCUGAAGAAAUUUCUUGAGCAUAAAUUACAUAGAAUUAGAAGGGGUUAUAAGAGUAACAGUGGUAGAUGAUUUGAAGAUUUUGAAAGAAAUCUUUACUAAUUAAGGUUAUUGUACCGUUCAUCAGUUUCUUGUCCCUGUCAUUUUUGUUGAUAUUUGGGAAAGAUUUAGGAGAAAGAAAACUUAGUUGAUGAGUCUAAAUGACAUUUUUUUUAAAAAAAUUAAUAAAUUAGUUUCUAUACUCUUUAACUUCAUGCAUUAAAAUUCUUCCGUUGAACUCGUUAGAAUGGAUGU